AUGGGGGAAUGGAGGGAUGGAGAAAGGAUGGAUGAGGGCCAGCAGCAGGGCACCAGGCACAGCCCCCCCAGCCCCCCUAACACCCGUCUGGCAGCUGGGGGGGCGCUGCCCGAUCGGCUGCAGCAGGCGCUGCUGCCCGUGGUGGGCUACGAGCGCUGCACCCAGCCCGACUGGUGGGGCGCCCUGGCCAUCCGCCGCACCAUGAUCUGCGCCGGCGGCGCCGAGAAGGCCGGCUGCAACGGCGACUCGGGGGGUCCCCUGAACUGCCAGGCGGCUGAUGGGCACUGGGAGGUGCACGGCAUCGCCAGCUUCGUCUCCGGGCUGGGCUGCAACGCGCCCAAGAAGCCAACGGUUUUCACCCGCGUCUCUGCCUUCGAGGACUGGAUCGCCGAGACCAUGAACAAGAACUGAGCGUGGCGACAGCGGUGACAGCAACCUCCCAGCCUGGCAUCGGGCAAAUAAACC